GCGCGCGCGCGGGGCGGGCAGCCAGCAGCGGACGGAGCUCGGACCGCAGGCCAGACCACCAGACGCGAGGACAUGGCCCUGGACAGGGUCCCGCGGAGGGUGGGGGUGGUGGGCUAUGGCCGUCUCGGUGAGUCCCUGGCCAUCUGGGGCUCUUCCCCAGGCCCCUCCCUGAAGCCCCCCAAGCCCUGUGUCCCCACAAACGCACCUGUCACCCAUGUCGGUGUCUGCGCCCUGGCUGACUGGCUGCCUGAGUGGCCUCUACUCCCCACCGUGGGGACAGUCCCUGGUCUCCCACCUGCUGACUCAGGGGCCGGAACUGGGCCUCGAACUGGUCUUUGUCUGGAAUCGGGACCCGGGACGCCUGGUGGGGAAAGUGCCCCCCUCCCUGCAGCUGCAGGACCUCAGCGACCUUGGGGAGAGGCACCCUGACCUUGUGGUGGAAGUGGCCCACCCCAAAAUCAUCCAGGAAUCUGGGGCGCAGAUCCUGCGCCAUGCCAAUCUCCUGGUGGGGUCCCCCUCAGCCCUGGCUGACCAGGCCACAGAGCGGCAGCUCCUGGAGGCCUCAAAACGCUGGAACCACGCGGUGUUCGUGGCCCGGGGGGCCCUGUGGGGCACGGAGGACAUCAGCAGAUUGGACUCGGCCGGGGGCCUCCAGAGCCUCCGUGUCACUAUGGCUACCCAUCCCGAUGGCUUCCGGCUGGAGGGACCCCUGGCUGCAGCUCGGAGCACCGGGCCUCGCACUGUGCUCUACGAAGGCCCCGUCCGCGGGCUCUGCCCCUUUGCCCCCCGCAACUCCAACACCAUGGCAGCCGCCGCCCUGGCGGCCCCCAGCCUGGGUUUCGACCGCGUGAUCGGGGUGCUUGUGGCGGACCUCAGCCUCACGGACAUGCACGUGGUGGACGUGGAGCUGCGGGGACCCCCAGGCCCCACGGGACAAAGCUUCGCUGUGCACACCCACAGAGAGAACCCCGCCGCGCCCGGCGCCGUCACGGGCUCUGCCACGGUCACUGCCUUCUGGCGCAGCCUGCUGGGCUGCUGCCAGCUCCCCUCCAGGCCCGGGAUCCACAUCUGCUGAGACGUCUCCUCCCCAGGACAUCCUCAUCUCAUUUCCCUCCCCCCGCGCCGCCAUGCGGCCGCUGCCCUGGCCUCAGUUUCCCCGGACCCCCCCUCUCCUGUCUCAGUAAAGUUGCGCAGGCUGGUUA